ACGCAUAUUCAGUUUGACAAGAUGUCAAUGUUAACUAAUACCUAUAAAUGUCACUGUCUGUAUCUAAUGAGCCGGAACUUCAGAUGGCAACAAGCGUACAGACUGUUAACAAUGAUCGGUGGACCUCGUUCAACAGAAGUGAGUUCACUCAGUAUGUGGCGGCCGAUUUAGGAGAAUGUCUUCUGCAAAUACAGACGCGAGGAGCAGUGUUUUGGUAGACCGCACACACGCAAAUUUGUUUAAUAGGACUCUACAGAGAAGAGAACUUCAUUUAAGCAUGCCCCUUGAGGAGGAAAAUGCACUUCAGUUCAGAGAACUAACAGAGACAGAGUACGAGAGACUAGCAGACGAGACACUGGAUGCUUUAGCAGAGUAUUUUGAAGACCUCACAGAUGAAAACUUCACUGGAAUCGAAUAUGAUGUAAUAUUUUCUAGUGGUGUGCUGACAGUAAAAGUGGGUUCUGACCAUGGUACGUAUGUCAUCAACAAGCAAACACCCAACCGACAAAUUUGGCUCUCCUCACCAACAAGUGGGCCAAAACGCUAUGAUUGGACAGGGGAGCGAUGGGUGUACACUCACGAUGGCGUGGCAUUGCACGAACUGCUCUCCAAAGAAUUUUCCAUCAUCUUUCAAUCAAAUAUAGACCUGUCACAUCUCAUUUACUCGUGACAAGACCAGAGUGAAGAACGGACACCAUUAUAGAUCCUUUCCAUUUACACCAGUUGACUGUCAUGAUCUCUUUGGUUAAAUAAUAAGGUUGCAAGUUAAAAUUGCAGCCAGUGCUCAAACAUCCAUGGCUUUAUUUUAAUGGAAUGAUUGUUUUAUGAUAUUUUUGGGCACUUAAGUCAGACUUAAAAAUGGAUGAAUGUCUAAUUGCAUUAGAUUCAAAAUAUCAAAUGAAGAGGCAUUUGCAAACAAAUGAUGAUAGACCUUCUCAAACUAACUUUAUUUUUAUGAGCAAUUGUUGCUAUGACUUAAGCAACUGGUCUCAAAGUGAUUUUUAGUGGUAACAUAUAUUAGGUGUCCUAGCAGAGUAACCGCAGGUGUAAUUUAACACAUUAAAGGAAAAUUCCGGGUUUAAUACAAGUUAAGCUCAGUCGAUAACAUUUGUGAAUUUGGACUUGUCCCUCCAUUUCUUUAAAAAAAGAUCUGGGUUACAGUGAGGCAUUUUACAAUGGAAGAGAUUGAGGCCAAUCUGUAAAUACUCACUUUUUCAAAAGUAUAGCAACAAGACAUUAACAAUAUGCAUGUUUACGUUAUUUUAGUGUGAUAAAAUCGCUUGCUAACCUAUUCUGUGUAAAGUUAUAGCCAAUUUUAGGCUACAACUUUGUUGCCAUGACGAUGUAAAGCAUUUUUGUUUUAUGCUAUAUCUACCCUUAGGAUUGAUAUUUUGUUAUCUAAUGCAUAUUUUGUUAUCUAAUGCAAAGACAUUCAUUUUUAUGUAUGGGUUCAGAGUCCAAAUACUAUUUCGGGCCACUGUAUAGCAAUUGUGUAAUAUAAAACUUCUAUUCAGUUGCAAGUUCUCUAUUCUUUUUGUGUGCUGACAUACCUUCAGAACAGAACAGUGCUGCUAAAUGUCAAAAACAUCAAAUCCCAGGAGAGUACAGACCUCAGACAAUCUCUAGGGAUGAUUUAUUUGUCUGUUAAAAACCUGUACACAUUUAUGAGCUUUAAACCCACUCAGAACAGCAGAAAGUGCUCUCAUAAUCAAAUCCCUGUAGAUGAACCUGGUUACAAUAAAACCGGAUUAAAAGGUAAACAUUUAAUGGCUCUUAAACCAGAUGAACAAGACAAUGGACGCAGAUUGUUUUCUGGAAGCUUUUAAGUUAUCACAGCAUCCUGCAUUUACCUGGCCCUGGUUGAAUACUACUAGAAACUAUUGGGUUGAUCUAGGAAAAGAAGGAAAUUAUGACAGAUGGAGCAAAGGUUCUCCCUCUAAAAUCCCUCCAGCCAGAGCCUUUAUUUAAGAUUUAUCUGUGAACACCAGCAUUUUUCUGGGAUCAUUUUGCUCAGGGUCACAGGACUGCUACCCUCGGAUGAUUUAAAAAUACUAGCUCGAUUUACAGCUGAUCUACCCAACAGUUAAAGCUGUGUCAUUAACUCCAGAGAUGCAAGAUAGUCAAUCAUUUCUCCCCAGACAACUCUUAAUGUAAUAGCCCAUAUAUCGGAACAUUAACUUGACACUCUGUCCAUGUAAAUGUUGAAAUAUGAGAUGAAUUGUAAUGUGGUGGUAUGUGUGAUGCCUUUAUUCAGGUUGCAUAUGAUUUUUGUCUGUUGUUGAUGCAAAGCUAAAAAUAUAUUAAAUAAACUAGGAUGUAAUUUCA